CGAUCGCAACAGUCGCACAAUCUCGGCCUGCCGCGAAACGUCUCCGUGUUUACCGUGUUUGAUGUAUAGCAACGUAGAAUAGGUGGCUGUGUUCCAGCCCGUCGUAAACGGUGUGAAAAUUGGAACGGUGGACACUCUGUACGUGUCUACGUGCGGUCCGUUGGUCUACGCUGGUUUCUUUUCGGUAAUUCGUAACGAUCGCGAGUGUCCUCGGGGACGGUUUGCAGGUGAUCGGGAGCGACGUCGGACGGCAGGUUGAGAACCCCCUAAAUGUUUCGUAGCCCGGACCCGAAGGCGAUGUCCAGUGCGCCACGGUGCAAGGAAGGGGGACCGUUUUCGUUGUGUUGUGGUCGCGUGGUAAUCAUUAUUUCUCCGGAUACAGCCAGUGAUUCGAGAGCAACAACGAUUCCCGUCGACGGAACAGCGAGGUACAAGUAACGUGUCCAGAGAACGCGAUACCCCGUGAUUACGUGCAUCGUUAUUAUUGCGGGCGAAGGUGCGCGCGCGCGCGCGCUCCCCGCGCGUGCACACACUACACAUCACCGAGGAGAGACAGACACACAUAAUAUAUACACACAUCGUCGUAUAUUAUACUCGAGAGGCGCAACGAUCUCCGCUUGGCUGUGUCGGUGUGUUUGCGGUCGAGCACCGUGAUAUGUGGAAAAGUGCGAAGUGAACGAGAAGGGGAGAGAGAAGAGGAGAGGAGAGAAAGAGAGCGAGCGAGCGAGCGAGAAACCAUUCGUUUUCUUGAAUCGUCGGGGAACAAUAGCAACAACAAAGUGGGGAAGUUGCGUGGAGAGAAGAAAAACAAGGUUCGCGCGGUCCACGGUUGUUUCCCUCGCUGCCCGUUUCCCGAGUUGGCCCGUUUCUCGGUUUUCCGAUCUGGUGUUUCAGUGACGCGCGCGCGCGUGUGUAUCACGCUCAUUCGUGUGUUCGCGCUUGUGGUCUCCCUCGAUGCGGGUGUGAGCGAGCGUCAGGUAGAGAGAAACAUUGAAAAGUAUAUAUAUCGGCGGAGCGCGAGGCAAGGAGAAGCGGGAAGCGGCGUCGGAACGUUCGUUAAAGGCCGGCGUUUCGUCGCUUCCCGACCGUGUUCGACGUUUUUCUGAACCGUACACGAGUCCCGCAGUCGCUCGGCCUCGAGCAGCGGAGGCGGUUUUACGAAAAUGCGAUACGAGUUGUUAGGCCGCCUAGCGUAGUGUAUCGCCUAGCGGCGACGGGCCCAGAGAGAAGCGGCGGAAAAAUGGCGUCCGAUAACGAAGCCUCUUGCGCGAGUGACCCAAAUUUCGCUGUGAUCUGCUCGUUCCUCGAGUGCUUUGGCAAGCCCUGUGGCAUCGUUUAUCCGGAUAUUGCACGCCUUCAAGAGAUGCUCGAGAAUACACAGGAUGUACCGCAACAAUUGAUAGAUCUACACAUCAAAUUGUUACGCAAAACGCGUAAAACAGUAUCACCAGAAAAGUGGGAACGAGCAUUGGUUAAAUUUUGCCAUACGUAUUCUAAUCAGGAUGGAUGGGAGCUUGAACGUUUUGGUUACAAGAAAGCCCGCAUUGCUGUCAAGCUACGUUUACUCAAAGUUCUUUUGGAGACACAAUUUGACUUAAAUCAAAAGUUUAAAAAUGAAGUGAAUAAAUUGGCAGCUAAUGAAUUACGUGUGGAACCAUUGGGCAGAGAUAAAUCUGGUUUGGCAUAUUGGUGUCAGCUCGACGAAGAGUGCAAUAUAAGGGUUUAUAGGGAAGAUUUAGAUGAAGAAAAUUGGGAACUUGUAGCUAAGGACAGAGAGGGUGUUGUAAGUCUUAUAAACACCUUGUCGAAUGGUGAGAUUGCAGCUAUUCCAAUCAAUGAAGAUAGUAAUAGUCUAGAAAUUUCUGAGAAACCCAUUAUUGAUACGGGGCAAAUAACAACAUCUCCAAGUUUGGAAGAUGAAACUGUGCAAGAGAAUGGUGUUCACAUUGAAGGUACGGAAGAAAAGGAACUAGAAAAGAACAAAGGUGAAGAUUGUGAAGAUGAAAGACAGCAAAGUAAUGCUAAUGAAGCCAAUCGUGUUGAGGAAGAAAUGGAUGCAGAGGAUGAAAUAACGAACGAUGACAGUUCAAAACAAAAUACAGAAGAAGAUGAUUCUCAGGAAACAAUACAAAAUCAAGUAGUAGAACCGAAUUUUGUUCAAACACCUUCCUUAGUAUCGGUAUCGCCUUUGAAAGUUGUUAAUGGCAAAGUUGGUGCACUAUUGGAAAAAGAAACAACUGCAACUCGAGAAAAGGAGAUGAAUAUACCUCAAGAAACUGCAGUUACUCUUACUGUGACUAAUACUAAAUCGGAAGAACACAUGGCAGUAUGUAGUUCUAAAACUGAUGAAGAAGAGUUAAUGCCUCUUAAAUCAAUUGAAACACCUGUUAUUACUUCCCCUCUUAAAUUGGUAAAUGUUGUUGAAAUGAAACAAUUGCACGAAGAGAAGUUGACUGUUGGGCCAACUCUAACAGGUACAGCGCUAAAUGUGAAGAAACACGAAGAUUUAAUGGAACAAAUCAUGAAACCAACACUUGAUAAGUUGCCUAGUAAAAAUAAUCUUUCUUAUCCAUCGACAGAUAUGCCAACGACGCAUAGUAAAUUGUCCGUUAAACCAAUCGAUCAAUUGGCUGCAAAUCUCGUAAGGAUACAAUCGGAGAAGCUUGAAAAGCCAAGCGGCGCGAAAUCUUUAGAAAAAAUAGCUGAAAAUUUGGCAAGAUCAGGGAGUAUUGUGGGGAACACAAUAAACGGAGAUGACGACAGAUUGCCACAAGACUUUUGUGCGAGAAGUCAAUCGGAGAAAGCUAAUGUACUAAGAGGACAUAGGGGUAUGGAUUUGUCUACAUUGCCUAGAGGUUGGGAAGGUGCUAAUGAACAAAAUAGGCCAAUGGAUUUCUCUGGAAUAGAUUUAUCUAGUCGAAAAUUUAAUAAAAGCUUGGAUUUACCCUCUCCCGGGUAUAGAACGCAAGAUUUUCAGCAUAGAGAAAUGGACCUUAGUACGAAAAAGUUAAAUAAACCAGAGGUUACAAAUUUACCGUACGAUGCUCGGGCUGUAAUGAUGCGCAAUCAUGCGAUGGUAGCGGACUUGAGUAAAAGGCAGAUGUCAUUUCCUAGUUACGAAAUGGCAUCCACGCCGUACCAUAAUACCGCGAGACUACCAACGAAAGAAGACCAUAGGUUACCAAAUUACACGAUACUUCCAGAUCCAAGUAAAAUAACAUCGUUGAGGAUGAGUGCAACACCAGUGAAACGCUCCUUAGAAGGGAACGAUAUACAACAGGAUAUGUUGAAGAGAAUAAGAGCUGACGUGAUACCGAUCAGAGGGUCUAUGGAUAAGAGAUCGCUUAUCGGUGCAAACUGGAGAGACGAGGUUGGUGAAGCUAUAGAAGAACCGAUGAUGAUGAUUCAAGGUGAAGGAUCCGGCAGCGAUUGCGAUGCCGUGAACCCUGGUCUUGGCGAAGCCGUAGAAGAACCUAUCAUUUUUUUUUACGGAGAAGGAUCCGGUGAAGAGUGUCAGACAGGCAAUCCUGGCGAAGACGCAUCAGCUGACAAUAAAGAAAGCAACGAAUCAAAAAACGAAGCUGACUCGGCUACUUCGUCUUUGUCACCGAAUAAAACUUUGACCGAGGACAGUCUCGUAAACGAAGUAUCUCCUAGUUCGCUAGUAACGACUAAAAGUACCAUAAAAUUGAAUAGAAACUUUCCCCAGUCUAGCGAUACUGUAAAGAGUAAUUGUCAGGUUGUAGGCUCUACGCAAGAGAAGCCAAAGUUCAAACCAACGCUAGGCAUUCAAAUUAUACCUAAGAACACCAGCAGCUCUGUGAAGAGGAUAUCGCGGUGGGACGUGGGGAAGCCAGGCGAAAAAACAGAGUGCGACAGUAGUAUCAUAUCAAAUGAAAAAGACAUAUCAUCGAAGAAGAAUGAAGCUGAAUGCGAGGAUUCGACUAGCGGAAAGCAAGACGUUAAAGUAGACGGGAACUCUGUAAAUAACGAGCACGCAAGAUUGCAGGAGAGAAGUCUAGAAGUGAUGCAUUCUGAAGAAGACACCGGGAAUAAUUCUGGAGAACAAAAGCAAAAUGCGUCGAUCCAAGAUGCUAUUCAAUGCGACUCGUCUAUAUCCUUAUGUCAAGCGGAUACUUCAGAAGUUCUUGAUUCGUGUACAGAAGCGACACCUUCGACACAUUCGAUAAACGAUAAAGAAGUUUUACAAAACAUUUGUGACUCUGACAGUGUGGUUUCACAGGAGACUGACACUUCAGAAAAAGUGGAUAACGAAUGUAAACCUACAACAUCUCCACCGAGAUUUUUUUUUGGACCUAAUUGUAUAUCGUACACUUCAAGACCAGAACCAUUUGAAUCACAAUCUGAUCAUAUAGUUUCAACAACUAUACAAUCGAAGUCGGACACGUUGCAAUACGAAUGUGUCUCUUCCUCAAAACCUGUUGAAGAUAUGAUUACUUCUUACAAGUCAGACGAUUUUGACGUAACGCAAAUGAAUAAUAAUUCAUUGAAGGUUAAAUCGUACACAUCUGAAUCCGACAAUUCGCUAUGCGAGGAUGAUAACAAGAGCAAAAUGGAAUUAGUUGAAGAACCAACUAAUACAUGGGAACAAUCGGUUUCUUCAAAAUAUUCGGUAGAAGAACAACACUGUGUAGUAUCAAAGAUAGAGGCAAAUUUCUCUAAAUCUGAAUCAAAGUCAAAACCAGAAGAUAAUUUAAAGUCCUCUGUUAGCGAUACUACACAAGAUCCCAUUUCUAGCAGUGCAAAUGCAACAGAUGAGUAUAUGAAACCUAAAAGAACAGAGGGGAUAGAUGCAAUUUCACAACCUCAUAGCACUAAUGAUAUAAAUAAAGAUAACUCGGAUACAAAACUCGAAAGUACAGUUGUCACACCAUCUGCAAUAGAACCUACUAAUUCAUCUAUUGAAUCAAUGCAACACGAACCAUUAGAAGAUAAAUGCAGUACAUUUGUAGGACAAUUACAAAAUGAAAGAACAGACAUUGAAAGUAUCGCUAAAACUUCAGAAAUUCCAAUCUCUUGUUCAGAAGAUAAAACUAAAAGUGUAUCAUCUGACUCAAUAAUCCAUAAAGAUGGUGAAUUGAGAACAGAUUCAGCAUUUAUUAAUAAUUCCUGUUCAAGUUCACAACCAGAAACAGACUAUGAUAAUGAUUGUUCCGAAUCAAAUCAUGCGAGUAAAGUUAAGUGUUCCACUUAUCAACAGGUGGAUAGUUCAGCGAGUAGAGAAGUAGAACAGACUUCUGAUAAAGAAUCCGAUUCGGCAAGUGAAAGGUGUAGUGAACAGAGUGAAAAAACUGAUACUUUCUCAGAAUAUACUAACCAACAGGAACGGUCGAUAGACAGUGAUAAGAGAAUGAUGAAAAAUCAAAUUGAUUCUGAUGUAGAUUCGGUCAGUUGUAAUUAUAAUAAAAGCAGUGAACAAGCGGAUGCCUUGCAGGAGACAAGCAUGCAAGAGGAGAUUUCAGGAAAUUCUGAAAAAAUGAAAGAGAAUAUGUUACUUGACUCGGUCAUCAAAAACUCUGUGCCUGAUGUUAACCCUGAUUUAGAUUUCACGGACAAUUCAGCUGUUACUAGUUCAGAGUUAAUCGAAGAAUGUAACAAAGAUGCGUUAGUUCCUACAAUAAGUAGUUCGGAUGAUGCUUGCACGAAAAACACUUUAUUACAAGAAAGUGAUAAAGUGCAACUACAUUCUGAGAAAUCGUCCUUUAAAGAUGAAUAUUCUAUUUACAGUGUAUUACCAGAGAUAGUACCUGACACAAAUAAUUUUAAACCAUCCAAAUCCGAUACUAUUGAAAAUAUAAAAGAAAUAAAUUUAUGUAACUUGGUUCAAACUGCGAAUGAAUCUAAGGAUGCUGCAUUGGAAAGCCAAAGUUCCUGUGCUGAUCAACAAUCGAAUAAGAAUACAGUUGUAAAUGAUAAAUUGUUGGAAUCUAAUGAAUCAACUGAAACUUCGACGUGCGAUAAAAAUACCUUAUCCGAAAUACAUUCGUCUUCUGUUGAAGAAAGUAAAACUAAUGCACUUAGUAUCGUUGCCCAAGAUGAAAAUACGCGAAACCUCGGUUUUGCGAAUGUUGACCCAAAGUCUUCUGAUACCACGGUGGAAUCCAAAAAUUCAGAGAAGAAUAACACAAAUUAUUGCAAAGUUGUUUCAAACUCCACUGAAGGGGACAAUCUGGAAAAUCAGAAACAAAAGUUAACAAGUGAUGUCUCCGAAAAUGUAACUAUUUUGGAAAAUGAGGACAUUAAAAAAUCAGAGGAAGCCGUAUCUUUAACGAGUACAGAACCUGUGAAUCCUCCAGAAUCCGCAACGAAAGUUAAACAAUCUUUAGUUGCAAAUUAUGAAAGCAGCGAUUCCAAUGAUGGUAGUGACGAUGUUUUCGAACCUGUUACAACUGAAUCGCCUGAAACUGAAAAUAAUGUUUUCGGUAAUUCAGAAGAAACUACGGUUGCUGACAAGGGAAUGGAAAAAGAAAGUCAAGAAGAAUCAACUUUGAAGGAUGACACGACAUCCAAUGAAGUACAGAGCUCGUUCACUGACGAUCAGCAGUCAGCAUCGUUAAUAGGAAAGGAUACUGGAAAAAUGAUAAAUGUUGAAACUGAAUGCAAAAAGAAGGAAACAAAUGAUGAAAGAAUCGAUGAAAAAGAGCAAGAUCGUGAUGUUGUACAACACGAUUUAAAUAGUAAAUCAGUCAUAUCAAUAAAUGAAAGCAAAAAUGUAAAUAGUUCAGAAGAGAACAAUAGUUCAAUGUUAACAAAAACUGAUAUGUCGUCAGCUUCGUCUGAGAUGAAUACUGAAGCUAUAUGGAAUGAAAUAAAUAAAGAAUGUAUAAAUUUAACGUUAACCAAAUCGAACAAUGUAAUAAACACUGUAAAAAUUACAGAAGAAAGCAACAGUUCGGUUUCUAAUACAGAGAAAGUGGAAAACUUGGUUGUCGAGGAAAAAAGCAGUUCUGUAACAGUAUGUCCUGUAAAUGAAAUUAAACCACCUGAACUAACGAAAGAAGUCAAUCGGUCUAGCGAAUCUAACGAUGUCAACGAUGAAGUAAUCCAUGUAAAUUUAAAAGAACAAUACUUAAAGCCUAUGGAGGACAAAUUGAUAACAAAUGUAGGUAAUGAUAUUAAAUUUUAUAAGAACGAGGAAAUGAAACAUGUUGCAGAGGAACUUCAAACUGUGGAUUCAUGUAAAAAAAUUAACGAAUUAUCAGACUUUAUCGACAAAGAAAGAAAAUCUGAUACACAUCUACACAAUGAAAACCACUUAAAUAAAGAAAAGGAAAUCGAUUCAUCCGUUCACUCGAUACCAAACACUUCACCAUUGAAAUUGGAUAAUAUAUCAUCAAACAUAGAUAAAACAGAAAUAUGUAAGAAUAGUAUUCCAGCUAUAUCAGAAGAGUUCAAGCCUAUGGACAAUUUACAGUUUGUAAAUUUUAUACCCGAGAAGUCAGAUAAUUUGAAUAUUUUGGAAAACCAUGAAAAAUUUGGAGAACCUCUUCAUCCUACGAAUAAAUCUAUAGUUCCUCUUCCAGAGAGUUCUGUUUUGAAAGAGAACGAGAGCACUGCAAUUUUUAAUGUGCAAGAAGUAACACCAGAACUUGUUACAAAGUACGAUUAUAAAAAGGAAGCUAGUAAAAGAUUGAACGAUGUUACUGACGUUGAAGAUGUUCCUCCAUUAAAAUCCAAACCUCCUUGUAUAGACUCCAAUGAACAAGUAUUAGAUAAUUUAACAGUUUCUAAAGUGCAAUUGGACAAAAGUGCGGACAGUUGUAAUCAGGUGGACGCGCCAGUUAGUGAAAUUAAAAUAAGCGAGGAUCCAGUUUCCAAAACCAGAGUUGCACAGCUAACGAAGGAUGAAUCUAAUACAAUUCCUGGUACAGCAGAUAACACACCAACCGAUGACCAAGAAAAGAGCAGCUGUAAAGACGAAGAGGGGAAAGGAAAUUCAGAGAUUCAGAGUAUCGAAAUCAAAACAAUCUCUUUGGUAUCGGAUGACUCAAUGGGUUUGGAUAAUGAGAAUCUAUUUAAUACUGCUUCUGAAGAAGUUGAUCCUUUAGCAUGUACGGAUGAAGAUACUCCAAAAAAGUUAGAUGAGAAUGAACAGAACGACAGUGUCCCUCCUGUGCCUAAGAUAGGUUUACGCGUUAAACCCGUUUCUGAACUCAUUUAUGACGGAUGGAAAUUAGAUUCUACAGAGCCCACGAAGGUCUCCCGCAAAAGGCGGAACAGUUUUCACGAGUCCAACUCGGAGGAUGGAGGGAAGCAGAAGAACGAGGAGGAAAUAAUGGGAAGUAAAAGGAUAAAGCUACGCGCGAAACGUAUACCGGACGAACAACUACGAAAAUCUGUGGAGAACAGUCGCAUCGUAACGAUCAGUUCAGAAGACGAAGCUGUGAAAUGUAGUCCCGAAAAAGUUGAAGAAUUGGAAGUGAAAGACGGUAGCGACGAUCAAAGUAUUACUCACUCGGUUGUGAUCGAACGGAAAGCGAGAGGACGUCCUAGAGGCAGACGAAGACGUGGUUACAGGGGGAACGCGCGUUCGACUCGCCCAAAGCAUAAUGAAUUUCAAAGUAAUCAGGUGUCAGAGGUAUCGCCUGAGAUUCAACUUGAUGGGACAGCGACUACCAAUGACUCUUUGAACUUGACACCAAUUUCACAGAAAAAGCGAAAGAAAAGAAAAAUGGUGUUGGGCCUUGAGAUUGGAAGAGACAUUGCCGAAGAACAGUCAGGAGUAACCCAGAACGAGACACCGGUCAGACAGUCUAGGAGAAUAGCACAAUUGAAGAUCAAAGAAGAAGCAGAUAAACGAAGAAUCGAGGAGGAGACUUUAAAUGACAAGAAAGAGAAGAAAGACCCCACAGAGAAGAAGAAGCGGAAAAAGCAAAAACCUGAAAGCGAGGAGGAAGUCGUGAUCAAGGAAAUAGAGAAAGAAAAAAAGUCGAAGAAGAAACGGAGAAAAAGAAAGAAGAAGAAAAUGUUAUCUAAAUUUAAUGAAGCUAAUCCAUGGCAAAGUUCCUCGGGUUCCAGUAGCGACGAAGAAAUCGAAAAUGACGAAGAGGAAGACGAAGAAGAGGAAAUAGAGAGUGAAGGGUCAUUGCUCUUCAAGAGCGACCAUGAAUUUUCACCAGAAAGUGACCUUGAAAAGGAUCAGGAGUCCGAACCAUUAAGAAGAGCUAGAACUGCCCAAAAAGCUCAGAGUGACGUUGAAGAAGCAGAUGAUGAAUACGCUUGUCAAAAAUGUGGCAAAGCAGAUCAUCCAGAAUGGAUAUUGCUAUGUGAUUCUUGUGACAAAGGUUGGCACUGUUCUUGUCUAAGACCUGCUCUUAUGCUCAUACCUGAAGGUGAUUGGUUCUGUCCUCCGUGUCAACAUAAUCUGUUAGUGACCAAAUUACAAGAAAGUUUGAAAGCAUAUGAUCAAUUAGCGAAGCGCCACGAAAACGAAGUGUUAAGGAAGAAAAGAUUAGCUUUCGUUGGUAUAAGUUUGGAUAAUGUUCUUCAUAAAAAUGAAGCGCCACGCCAAAAAGAAUCGAAGGCGUCUAGUCAAGAGUCUGACAAUGAAUCAACGACUGCUUCCUCUUCCUCGAGUUCAGAAACAUCGUCCAGCGAAGAGAGUGAACCUGUAUACCAAUUACGCGAAAGGCGAUCAGCUAAUAGAUAUAAAUUCAACGAUUACGACGCUAUGAUUAACGCUGCCAUUCAGGAUGAGGUGGAAGCGGUUCAGGGUGCCGGGAACCAAGGAAGAGGGAAAGAUAUAGCGACUAUAGUAAAUGCGAAGAAAGAGGAAGCAGAGCUUCACUUCAAAAAUGAGGAAUUAAACAUGGAGGAGGCGCAAGAGAGUAAAAAUAAUAUAGAUAAAAAAUCAGAGAAAGACAGCGACGAGGAAUAUAAAAUGGAGGCAGAGGACGGCAUGGAGGACGAAGAAGAGGAGCACAAAGGAGGAGUGAAGAAAUUUUUAUCGCGUAAGAAACACAGGAAAUUGAACAGUCUCGACAUAAGCAGCGAAGACGAUCCAGAAAGCGACGAGGACUUUAAGGGGACGAGUUCAGAGGAGGAAGAGGAUUUCGAUGAUCAUUUAACCUCCUCCGACGAGAGUACUUUUGCUGAUGUGAAACGACGCGGUAAAAAGGGGGAUUCCAGGUCAGUUCGUAGAAGCACGAGGGCCAGAACUAUGCGCUACGAAGAAGAUUUCAUAAACGAUGAUAGCGAGGAAAGCGAUAGACCGAAGAGGAAGAAAUCUCGAUCCACUUGGGACUCCGAUAACGAAGACAGCGACAACUCGUGGCGGCAGAGAAAGAAAAAAAGUAGAACCAUAUCAACAUCUAGAUACAGAGCAUUGCCAAAAACGAAAAGUAGAAAGAAAAAAAAGAGAAAACGUAUCAUCGAGUCUGAUAAUCAAAGUGAUAAUGAGGAUUCAAACGAGGAGGUGGCGAUAAAACCGCAGUCACAGCUAGAGAAUAUAAAACCUAUAGUGACCGAAGAAGCGUUGGACGUCAAACUUGGGAAUGUAAAUGAGAAUAAUGAAAAUCUGGACAUAAAUGAAGCGAAAGAUGAAAAGUUGGAGGGUAUGAAUACUGAAAUAUCUGAAAUACCGACGAUUCUGCCAGCGACAGAAGUUACGCAACAAAAGAAAAAAAGGGAAAACACGAUGAAACCAAAGAAAACUCCAAUGAUCCGUAGAAAGAUCAUUUACGGCGGACUUCCAGACGAAAACAAACCGGAAGAGGAGGAAAUUUUAGGCAGACGAACUCGAGGGAGGAAAAUUAAUUAUCAAGAGGAAAUAGCAUCGGAUAGCGAAGAGGAAUUAAAAAAGGCACUAAGGAGAACUGGAGAAAGCGAAGAUGAAUUCGUUGUGAACGAAGGUGAAGAUGUAAACGACGACAUUGAGAAAGAUUCUGAUUCAGGAGACAUAUAUAAUCCAAAAAAAGAUGGUCAUAAGCUAAAAAACAAAUCGCCAAAAACCAGGAAACCAAGGAAAAGCAAAAGUCCCGGAGGUAAACGGAAAACGAUGAACGAUGGGACGCCGAAACAAAGAAAAAAACCUGGCCCCAAACCUGGUAGUAAGAACAAGGCACGAAAGCAAAGUUUUCUGGUCGGUUCAGUAAUUCAAAGACGGGAAGACCCAGACGGGGAGAAAGAUCUCAUGGUUAACGUUAUGGACAAUCCCAUAGCAGAUAUAGAUUCUAAAAUAGACGACAAUCUCUCGGAGAACGUCGGAUUGUCUGCUACCACAAUGUCGGUGGCAGGUUCUUUUAGCGGCGAUGUUCCAGAAGGAUCUUUGACAGGUCUCGGUCCCGGUGAAUUGGCUGACUUAGAUGACGAGCAACUGGAACAAAUGAUGAUGGAGGACGAAGAAUACGGUCGAAGACAGUUAGAGCUUGCAGCCAUUGAAAUAGCGAAAAAAAAGAAGAAAGAAGAACGCGAAGCCAAGAAAUUGGAGAAGGCACGUCUAAAGGCGUUAGAAAUAUUAGCUGCCGAGAGGCAACGAGAUCCUAAUGCGCCAGAGGGUACCGACGGGGAGAUACCGAAAAAGAAGAAAAGGGGCCGCCGCAGUAAAGCCGAGAUCCUCGCCGAACAAAUGCGCAGAGAUGGUGCUCCCAAUUUGAACACUACCGUUCUACCCACCACUUUACCUACCACUUUACCGACUAGUUUGCCUACCAGUUUACCAACCAGUUUACCCACCAGUUUAUCUACCAGUUUACCAACUAGUUUGCCACAGAACGUAACGAGCAAUAUGUCACCCACCAUGGUAUCCAGUAUGUCAACGAUUAUGACGCCCGAGGCAGAGAGAUCUAGCGAAGGACACAUUCCAAUGAUGACAGGACCGGACGGGCAACUUUUCAAUCCUGACGGGUCCCCAAUGAAACCUAAACGAAGAGGGCGUGGUAAGGGCAAAAAGACUCUAGCUUUGGAGGCAGCUAGAGCCGCAGAGGCAGCAGCCAAGGCUGCUGCCGAAGCUGGUCUAAUUGGCAUAGGCACCGACUCGAAUCCGGAGAUCAAACCUGGCGAUAUACCAAAUGUACUUCCUACACCAGGUAGCAGCACUUCUGGCUCGGCACCGUCCACACCGCCCGCCGGCGUAGUCACGACGCAGGGGCCGCCCGCUUCUCAAACUCCAACCACGCAACCUGUCUACCCGUCGUUACCGCCGAACAAUCAGCAACAGUCUUCCGUUAUCACCAGAAUGCUUCAGUCUCAGCCCGUGUCGAGCAGUCCGCAGUCGUUCUCCGCCGCAGCCGCGGCGAUGGGACACAAGUACUUUGGCGGGCCGAACGCUGGAGGACAGAUAUUGGGCGGUCCUAGAACGGGUUACGAUAUGCAGCCACGCGGAAGAAUCCCUUCGCCGUACAGGCAGAGCGGCCAGACUUCUAUGCCGCCCCAUUUCGCAGCUGUAAGAACGGGGACUCCGCCCAUGAGGAUGAGGGUGCCCGGUCCGCAGAUGUAUCACACGCCUCACCAUCCCAUGGACCCGUCUCCAUCCGGCGGUGGGCCUAUAUCGAUCAAUAACAGGGACCGCAGCUCUCCGCUCGGACCCGGGCCGGCGAUGAUUCCUCCGGCCGCCGGAAGUCCUCUAGCCAAAGGAGGCGGUCCCACGCCUCCGCCGCCCCCUCCUUACGUCAGAGGGCCUCCUCCGUUGUCCAGGUUCGCGGACAAUCCCAUGGGUCCCAGGCAUCAGAUGCCACCCUUCACGAACGCUUCGCCGGUCAACCAUAAUAUGCAGCAACCCUCCCCGCCGCCGAAUCGACCCCCCGGCAACUUCUCGCCGUAUCAUCCACCGCCUCCUCCGAAUUACCAUUACGUUCCUUUUAAAUUCUUAAGCGAAGAUACGAAGUUGCAUAAGCAUGCACAGUCCGGUCAUCAAAAUAGGACACUGGUCGUGAUGGGUCAAUGA